CUCCCCAGCAGCCCUUUGGCCGACGGGGGCGACCUCCAAAGACCAAAAGGCCGGAUCUCCGCCCCCUUUCCUCGGGUCGGCUUCUUCCCACCCGCCCCAGGAAGGUCCUUUCCUCCCUAGAAGGCGAGCGCAUCCCCGGCCUUUCCUCUCCAGCCGAGACCGCUCGACCCUCCCGAUGGGGACUUUGCGUCUCGGGGCCAUGGUGGGGCUCGGGCUGCUGCUCUGGGCCUUCCCGGGGUCAGGAGCGGCGUUGCACCCCCAGGAGACGGAGCUUCUGAAGUCCCUGGGGCUGAGGGCGAGGCCCAGCCCCAGGUCCCCUGCCCCCGUGCCUCCCUGGCUCUGGAGGAUGUUCCAGAAAAGAAACGAGGCCUCCAAGGAGCCCCGGAACCCGUGUUGGGUGGAGGAGUUUCAAGUCCCUGGAAACAUCAUUCGGGUUUUCCCCGACCAAGGACACUUGAUCCACAGAGAGGAACCCCAGAGUUGGAUAUGUCUACAAAAACGGCUGUAUUUUAAUUUCUCCGCUCUGGAGGAAGGGGAACGGUUGACACUGGCCCAGCUGGAGAUUCAGUUCAGCCACAACCAGUACCACAGCUCCAGUUCAGUUCAACCCUUUGAGUUAAGCCUGUAUCGGGCUCCCCAGAUGGCUUUGCGGGGCAUGUCUGCCCACACUUACAGCCGCCAACUGGUGGAGCAAUCCUUCAUCCACCUGCACAAGUCCUUUGUCUUCAACCUGACCGAGGUGGCAAAGGACUGGCAGACUCCUUCUAGGAAUUUGGGCUUGUUCCUGGAAAUUAGCCUCCCGACAUCACCUGACAGAAGCUUAUGCUCCAAGCUGGAUUCCAUGCUCAGUACGUCCCUGCUGGUGGUUUCCCUCAUUCCUGGGCAGUGCAAAAGUGCCAGGAAGAGGCGUAGCACCUACCAGGUGCCAGUCACUGCCAGCAACAUUUGUACAUCCCGGCGGUUGUACAUCAACUUCAACGAUGUCGGUUGGGAGAACUGGAUCAUUGCUCCCCAGGGUUACAUGGCCAACUACUGUCUUGGAGACUGCCCUUUCCCUUUGACCGAGGAGCUCAACAGCACCAACCAUGCCAUCUUGCAAACCAUUGUGCAUUCUCUUGACCCUGAAGGGACCCCUCAGCCUUGCUGUGUCCCAGUCCGCCUUUCACCAAUAUCCAUUCUAUACUAUGAUAACAGUGACAAUGUUGUGUUGAGGCAUUACGAGCAUAUGGUGGUGGAUGAAUGUGGCUGUCGGUGAGAUGAUUCACCAGAUGCUCCUGGGUCAGUUGCUGUUUCACCAACCUCUUCCUGCUGUAUCUUUAGAUGAGCCACCAGAUGUUCAGCUGUGAUCAUUUAGUUUAUAAUCUUGCUUGAGCGGCUAGAGGAGCUGUGCAUAGCCAUGGAGUAUCAAGCAGGAUGCAAUAUUUUUUUUGCCAAAAAUUGCUGGAGUCGUGUACAAUUUAUGGGGAGGCUGUUUCUUGCAAUACCUCUUGUCUAUUUUUAAAUAUGGGCUAAAUAAUUUGUUAAUUAUCCUAGAAUCAAAAUCAACACAAUUGGUUUUUAAAAAGUAAUGUAUUUUAAAUCUCUGCGUGAUUGACUUUAAAAUUCCUUCACCAAUAAUCUUGGUUAUUAAAAUAGACAAAAA